AUGGUCGUCAUCGCAACCGCAACCACAGAAAUCGUCACCCCACCCCACGACAACUACCACUACAGCAUCGCCAACACCGCUGACACUUUCACUGUAAAUAUCACCACCAGCGUGUUGGCGGUGGCACCCGACCUCACAAGUCUGUACGGAAAGGUUUGCUGUGCCCAACCGGACCUCGCAGGCAACAUUAUUAAGUUCUUCGUAACAUUUUGA